UGACGAGCCCACUGCCAGCCAAUGGGCGCGGAGGCCGGCGCUGAGCGGCGCUCGCAUUGGCCGGGAGCGGCGGGUCGCGCCUGCAGCCGCGCAGGGCCGCGCCGGGCGUGAGUGUCGGCGGCGGCCGCAGCCUCGGCGGGGCCGCCAUGGACGCAGCUACUCUUACCUAUGACACCCUCAGGUUUGAGUAUGAAGACUUCCCUGAGACCAAAGAACCUGUUUGGAUCCUUGGCCGGAAAUACAGUGUUUUUACAGAGAAGGAAGAGAUCCUGUUGGAUGUGACCUCUCGCCUUUGGUUCACCUACAGAAAGAACUUCCCUGCUAUUGGAGGAACUGGUCCCACCUCUGACACGGGCUGGGGCUGCAUGCUGCGCUGUGGCCAGAUGAUCUUUGCUCAGGCCUUGGUCUGCAGGCAUUUGGGAAGAGACUGGAGGUGGAUAAAAGGGAAGAGGCAGAUGGAUAAUUACUACAACGUUCUUAAUGCCUUCAUUGACAAAAAAGACAGCUACUACUCCAUUCACCAGAUAGCCCAGAUGGGAGUCGGGGAGGGGAAAUCCAUAGGCCAGUGGUACGGACCAAACACGGUUGCGCAGGUGCUCAAAAAACUUGCAACUUUUGAUACGUGGAGUUCCCUGGCAGUGCACAUAGCCAUGGACAACACAGUGGUGAUGGAAGAAAUCCGGAGGCUGUGCCAGUCCAAUGUGCCGUGUGCUGGAGCUGCAGCGUGCCCUGCCCUGGACUCAGACGUGCUCUAUAACGGGUGCCCAGAGGACGUGGGGCUCCGGGAGAGGCCCAGCCUGUGGAAACCACUGGUGCUGCUCAUACCUCUCCGCCUCGGGCUCACAGAGAUCAAUGAAGCCUAUAUUGAAACACUAAAGCACUGCUUCAUGAUGCCCCAGUCCCUGGGAGUGAUCGGAGGGAAGCCAAACAGUGCUCACUACUUCAUUGGCUAUGUAGGUGAGGAGCUCAUUUACCUGGAUCCCCACACCACGCAGCCGGCGCUGGAGCCCGGCGACAGCGGCUGCCUCCCCGACGAGAGCUUCCACUGCCAGCACCCUCCGUGCAGGAUGAGCAUCGCCGAGCUCGACCCCUCCAUCGCCGUGGGCUUUUUCUGCAACACAGAGGCAGACUUUAAUGACUGGUGCCAGCAAAUCAAAAAGCUGUCCCUGGUCAGAGGAGCGCUGCCCAUGUUCGAGCUGGUGGAACGCCAGCCCGCACACUUCUCCAACCCUGACGUCCUGAAUCUCACACCAGACUCCUCUGAUGCCGACAGAUUGGAAAGGUUCUUUGACUCGGAAGAUGAAGACUUUGAAAUCCUGUCCCUUUGAAGACAAAUAGGAAACUGACUCUGCAAAUUUGUGUAUGUGUGGGGAGAAGGGGGGAGGGAAGCUCCUUCGAGAGCCUGGGGCUACCGGUUUUCAUAGGCGCUUGCUGCCAUCCCUGCCUCCCGUCCAUCCUGGCAUUCCGUGCAGCCUCGGAGCGGAGCGCGCAGUGUCUGCAGUGGGAUGAAGAACCCAGAGGGUGUUACAGCCUUACUGGCUGCAGCUGGAAUUUCUCAGCAGCAAACAGUUGCUGGAAGUGGAUGCAGUGGUGCUUAGGAGUUCAAAGCCUAUCUGUUACAUCAGCAGGUCAGCUGGGCCUCCCGGGGGAGGCACGGAAAUCGUUAGAGCGCUGAAUCCUUCCAUGGGGACUCCCCUCUGAAGCUUAAGUAGAACCCACCCAUCAUUUAGCAGGAGAAACGUCCAGUUAAUGCCUUUAGCAGCUUCCCUUCUCACUGGCCAACCUGGACUGCAGCUCACAAUGCCAGGGAACAGCAGCCACGUCCCACAGACAGCUGUGAAGCCUCCGGAGUGCACGUCCCUACGGUACAACUCCUGUUCAUGCUCUGCAGGACACUCAGCACUACCUCUCCUGUUCACACCCUAUGGAAAGGGAAUUGAGGGAACUUCUAAGUGACUGGGAAUUCCAUAAGUGAAGUGUGGAGCAGUGCUGUGCUGCUGGGGAGCAUCUCAAUCCCAGUCUAAAUAACAGAAGGAAUGGAAGAAUAGAAAAUGUGUGUGUUGCUCAGUGAGUCAAUCCAUGUGCUUCUACAGUGGAAUAGUCUCUACAGGAAGUACCUUCAGGAAAGCUGCUUUGAACAGAAAACUGAAUUCUACAACCCUGGAAAAAUGAGUCCCGAGCUGGGAGAGCUGAAACAGGGCAGCAGAGAUCUGCCAGCCAUGUGCCAGGCUUCUUCUGCUUGUCCCCCAGUGUGCUGGCAUGGUGACUAGGGAGUGAUGUUGUCCUGCCAAAAACCCAAGCUGUAAAACCUCUUGAGGUGCCCUGGGUGGGUUGGUCAGCACUUCCUCCAGCUACUCCUGUCAGACAUUCCCUUUCCAAAGCAGAAGAGAUGCCUGAAGGUUGAGCAGGUUUCCGAGCUGUGUCAGUCCCUUGCCUCUGCCCACUCCCCUCCCUGUGGAAUGUGCCCAGAGGUGCUGUAGGAGCUAACCUGGAGAAACCCCUGUCAGGUAACCAUCCCAAGAAGGGCAGAAUGCCUUGAGAAGGUCCAAAUAUACUGGAAAUUUCAGAUACUCUAAGAUGUUAGCUCUGCCUAGGGCCCUUCUCCAGAAAGGUAAAGUGUGGAGGAGAGCUGUCUCCAUGCACACUGCAAGGGAAGUUGCUGCUGUAGUUUCCUUGGUGCGUGCUGCACACUGCAACCCUGUUUACAAGGCUUUGUGCAUUCAGGUUUGGUAUGUCAGAUGAGGGUGGUGUGCCCAAGGGUGGUGCCACCAGGUUAGAAAUGACCUGUUUCCCCUGUGACUGACCUACUGAUGCUCUAACUGUCCCUGUGAUACCCGAAAGCAGAGGUUUGAACUGGGAACCACAAUGCUUCUGUCACUAAAUUAUUAUUUGCUGCUUUCUGCCUGCUUCUCUUCUCUCUUGUAGUCAGGGGAAGAGGCAGCAGAGGAAGUGGGGCUGUGCUCCAUUCAUCUGCUUUCAAUUUCUAUCUGAAUAAACAGAUGUAAAAUCUU